AUGGAUGUUAUGAAAGACAUCGCACAUUUGUAUUCUUUCCUUCAAAGCGUCACUGGCAAGUCAGGGCAGGUAAGCGAUGUCAUGGCAUUUUAUUCAAGUUUUUUGCUUUAACCAUCUGUUGCUGUUGAUAUUAGUCUGGACUAGCUUUACGUCGCUGUUUAGAUCGGUUUUGAGUUAACGAAAUGAAAAUUACAACUCUCCCACUUUAAACGCAUGCUUAAGCAAGAUCGGAACGGUUGUUAUCAAAGGAUUCGAUCAUUACAUCAAAUUUUUUGUUUUAACGAUCUGUUGCAUUUGAUAUUGUUCAGGACUAGCUUUACGUCGCUGUUUAGAUCGGUUUUGAGUUAACGAAAUGAAAAUUACAACUCUCCCACUUUAAACGCAUGCUUAAGCAAGAUCGGAACGGUUGUUAUCAAAGGAUUCGAUCAUUACAUCAAAUUUUUUGUUUUAAAGAUCUGUUGCAGUUGAUAUUGUUCAGGACUAGCUUUACGUCGCUGUUUAGAUCGGUUUUGAGUUCACGAAAUGAAAAUCACCACUCUCUCACCUUAAACGCACGCGCAAGAUCGAUCGCUGCAUCGCGAAGUUUUCCAUGAAUGGACUUGUUAGCAAAUCAUAAACACAUAAAUCAGUUCCGGUUGAUGGUAAUUUUGUUUUAUUUUUUCUGAUGUCAUGACCUGGGAAAAACCCCUCUAUUAUUUUCUUGCUAUUUUCGAGAUUGUUGUAAUAGCUAUAAGUAUCUUCUUCUAGUAAAUAGACCUUUGUGUUAAUUAUGCAAGAUAAGCGAAAUGGACGCCAACGGCUAGAGUAGACUUGAAGGGAAAGUUAUUCUCCAUACAUUAAACUUUAGCAAAGUCGCACAAACAUCGAUAACGAAAUGUGGAAAUCAAAACUAGUCAAAUCUUCUCAAUAUAUUAUCAGUCUUCGAUCCCUUUAAGCCAGUCACUUUACGUCCGUAUUUGAUUGUCUUCAAGUGGGAUUCAUCUCCUGCACAAAAGCUUUUUACGAAAUGAAUCAAAAUCUAAUCGAGAUCAUGUUUAGCUUCGAAGGAGAUCAACGAGAAAAAACUUGGAAUUUUAAAAAUCUUCAGUUUUUCUUUAAAGGCCUUUCUCUUGCCUUUAUGAGAGAGAACCAAGAGAAAACUGGCUUUUAGAAGAUGUUUUAUCAAAACCCAACUUUUCCUCUGAGUUUUAAGAUUGGACCUGGAAAAAAAUAUGGCAAUGUUUGGACGGUAAAGUACGGGGAUUACUUGCUUCUAAACCGUGGAUGAUUUUGGAGGGUAAUAAUGCAGACAAAUACUUUAGACGCGCUUAGAGGAUUUCGAAAUCAGCUGGUAUUUAGCGAAGCACGUUUUGAUUUCUUUUCAUCAUCAUAAUCAAUUAUCCUUCUGUUUAGCUCAAUUUCAAGGGUCGUGUGAUCGAAUACAAGGCCGAAGGUCGAAUUCAUAAACUUGAGUGGGUGUAUGACGGUACCGCCUGGGAUGUGGAAAGUGGAACAAGUGUUAAAGCCAGACACUACAAAAGCACUCAGGGCGCUAUUGAACACGCCGUCAAGAAGCUGAUUGAUGACCUCAAAGCCAAAGGAAUACUGAGUUAA